UCCGUUUUUCCACCGAUGUUAAUAAGUUGUAUCAGCACAGGAAGAUUGACAGAUAUAGCGAUACGAGCGGUACAGAGAGCUCACAGAAUUUCACGCAAUAUUACAUUUACUAGAGCGUGUACACGUGAGUGUUUUGUGUACGUUGCUUGGAAACGUAAAAAGCCCCAUAGCAGCUCGCAAUAUCCUCGUUGUGAAGACAUGUCUGAAUAUCAGGCAGCCAUGAUAAAAGCGUAUAAUGGCGCGUUAAUCCUGGCAGAUGUAUUAUUACUUAUUUUGAAAAUUCUGUAUUAUAUCUGCGAAAGCGUGUAUAAAUUCUUUGUGCCAACGGAAGAGAAAAGUGUGGCGGGGGAAAUCGUUCUGAUAACAGGUACAGGCCAUGGUAUCGGGAAAGAGUUGGCACUUCGUUAUGCUUCCCUAGGCGCGACAGUGGUAUGUUGGGACUUGAAUCAACAAGGAAACGAGGAGACGAUAAACGAAAUAAAAAAAAUGGGCUUAAGCACAGCGUAUGCGUACAAGUGCGACGUGUCGAAGAGAGAAGAGGUCUUCGAAGUAGCCGCGAGAGUCCAGAAAGAAGUCGGUAACGUCACUAUCUUAGUUAACAAUGCCGGUAUAAUGCCUUGCCAUGCCUUCCUCGAUCAUACUACCGACGAAAUCAUGCGAAUCUUCGAUAUCAACGUGCUAGCCCACUUCUGGAUGCUGCAGGCAUUUUUGCCGAGCAUGAUUGAAAAGAACCACGGUCACAUCGUCGCGCUUUCGUCGUUAGCGGGACUUAGUGGCAUUCCAAAUUUAGUUCCGUAUUGUGCCAGCAAGUUUGCAGUUAGAGGACUUAUGGAAGCGAUGAGUGAAGAGUUGCGAGUAUCUACCAAGGGAAAAUCAUUGAUAAAAUUCACUACCAUUUAUCCGUACAUGGUGGACACCGGACUGUGCAAGAAACCAAAAAUAAAGUUCCCGAGUGCCUUGCCGAUGGUUCUACCGCAACAAGCAGCCUCAGCAAUAAUUAAGGCACAGAGGCGAGGUUAUCGAGAGAUAACAAUACCCGCGUUUUUCCUGUCAUCAAUAGCGUUGCUUAGGACUUUCCCCGACAAAGCGGGAAGUACCAUGAUGAACUUUAUCGACAGCGGUGUCGACGCAGUUAGUUAACAAGUACAACCGUACAAGACAACCGUACGAUUACAUCGAGACGAACUCCGAAGCACGUGAUUUGUGAAUAAAACUGUUUAUAUGUGAUCGUUUAAUACAUUAUUGCGUUACUUAUAAGUCGUCGAGCGAUGUAAACUGGAGCCUGCCACGAUUCUUAUAUCGUGCGCUUGUGUUUUAUGAUUAUUAUAUCAUAAUUGUAAUUGUUCUUCAUACAUAUAUAGAAAGUAACAAAAGUGGAAAUAUGAGCAAACGCCCUACGCUUCGAAUGUAAUGCGAGAAUCGCGAAUUGCUCCGGUAUAUACGAAUGAACGCGUACAUAUAGGUGUUUUAUACGUAUGUAAUGUCGUUAUAGAUAAAAACUUUGUACAAAAAGAGUCGUACAAAUGACUCGCCAUUUUUCGAUAAGGUCGGCACAGUGCGUGAAUUAAUCGCGAUAAUUGUCUCGUUUUGCAAACGAAAUAUUGGUAGAGUAUUCUUACAUUUGUGUAUAGCGAAUAUUGAUGCGAUGAUAAAACACACCGAUACUACUACAUUGGACAUAAAAAGGACUCUACAGUUCCUCAAACGCAUCCUUAUUCAUAUAUUAUUCUUGAGUGUAUAAAUAAUGAUGUAUAUUUUUUUUUUUUUUUUUUUAUUAUUAUAAGGCUAAGUGUAUAAGAUACAUAUAGUGGUCGUUUGGUAAUAAUCGUUAUAUAAUACAUUCAGAUAUCUUUAAUUGUAUAUCUUUAAUUGCGAUUUACGCUAACGAGUGGUUCACGUAAAAUGUGAUAACUCAAAAACUCUAAAAAUAUUUGUUGUAUCUAAAAAUUGUCGAGAAAGUAUCAUAUAUUGGUUUGAACUAUU